AUAUGAUAUAACCUUAAAGCGCCAGAGACUCGUAACAGAGAAUUUUCCACACAACAAAUCAUGUCAUCAUCAUCAGCCACCGAUAUCAACGCAAAGCCGUCGUCUUCGUUGCCGGCGGUGGAAUCUGUCACGUGCGACACGUGCGGUUUCGCUGAAGAGUGUACGCCGGCUUACAUCAACCGUGUCAAAGAACGGCACAAGGGACACUGGCUUUGUGGGCUUUGCGCGGAGGCGGUAAAAGACGAGGUGGUUCGAUCUUCUACUCGUAUCUCCGUCGAGGAAGCUCUCCGCCGUCACACGACGUUUUGUCACCGUUUCCGUUCUUGGAGUCCCGACGAGGAGGAAGAUCCGAUAUCCGUCAUUGGUAGGAUUUUACGGCGGAGCCUUGACGGCUCUCCACGGAGAACCACCACGAGGACUAGCUCGAGCGGAGCUUUGCCGGGGAUCGACGGUGUAGAGUCACGACGGUCGCUUCUCCGAUCUGGGAGUUGUUUCCCGUCUCUCUCUGCUUAAAUAAUCUUGUUAGUUUUGUAAAUUUGUUUUAUAUUUUUUGUUUAAGAUUAUUUGCAUCAUUAUUUGUAUUUAAUUACAUUUUAGAAGGAGAAGAAAGAGUUGGAAUCCGAGGAAUUAAAUUUCCUAUGACGUC